AUAUAGCUCGGUAUGCCUGUGACAGAAACGGUAAAUAAUCGAAUAUUUAUGAAUAAUUAAAAAAAAAAGUUGUUCAGACAAAUUUUAUAUUGAGAAAUUUUAGCGCAAGUCGGAAAGCUGCAUAGUCGCCCCUCCUCCUCUUCGUCGUCCUCGUCUUCCACAUCCAUCUCUCCUGCGUCUUCUCAGAGCCCGAUAAUGGUCGGGGCGAAGCGAGGGGCGGCGCUAAUGGUGGCGCUCUUGAUCGCGGCCACCAUCCUCGCCGCGACCCCGCCCUGCUCCGCGGCGGCGCCGGCGAAGAAGAAGAAGACGAAGGCUCCGACGCCGCAGCGGGAGAGCGGCGCCCGCGGUGGUCCCUCCUCCGCCGUGUUCCCCCUCUAUGGCGACGUCUAUCCCCGCGGUCUCUUCUACGUUUCGAUUAACAUCGGGGAUCCGCCGAAACCGUACUUCUUGGACGUGGACACCGGAAGCCACCUCACCUGGCUCCAGUGCGACGCCCCCUGCGUGAGCUGCUCCCCGGGGCCGCAUCCGCUCUACAAGCCGGCGAAGACGAAGCUGGUGCCCUGUGGCGACCCCCUCUGCGCCGCCCUCCAGGCCGCCGCCACGGUGGCCGGCGGCGGCGGCUGCGGCGGCGGCUCGGCGGAGCAGUGCGACUACGAGAUCGAGUACGCCGACCAUGGCUCCUCGCUCGGCGUGCUCGUCUCCGACGCCUUCUCCCUCCGCCUCGCCAACACCUCCCUCGCCCGCCCCAACCUCGUCUUCGGGUGUGGGUACGACCAGCAGUCGGUGAGUUCGAAUUCGCCGGCACCAACAGACGGCGUGCUGGGGCUUGGGAAUGGAAAGACGAGCUUGCCUACUCAGCUGAAGGAGAAAGGCAUCACUCGCAGCGUGGUGGGCCACUGCCUCAGCAGCAAUGGGGGUGGCUUCCUCUUCUUCGGGGACGAUCUUGUGCCCUACUCUCAUGCCUCGUGGACUCCCAUGUCUCGCAGCACAUACCGGAAAUAUUAUUCUCCAGGGUCUGCAAAUCUUUUGUACGAUGCUCGAUCCCUCGGGGUGAAGCAAAUGGAGGCGGUCUUUGAUAGUGGCAGCUCCUACACCUACUUUGGACUUCAGCCAUACCAAGCUCUCAUCUCCAAGCUCAAGAAUGAUCUAAGCAAGACGCCGUUGAAAGAAGCAACCAACGACCACACACUACCGUUGUGCUGGAAAGGCGCGAAGCCCUUCAAAUCUGUGCAAGACGUCAAGAAGUACUUCAAGACGUUGGCUCUGAGCUUUGUUAACACGAAGAAAGCCGUGCUGGAGAUACCCCCGGAAAACUACUUGAUUAUCAACAAAUAUGGGAACGCUUGCUUGGCCAUUCUCAAUGGAGCAGAAGUAGGGCUGAAGGAUCUCAAUGUCAUUGGAGAUAUAUCGAUGCAGGACCUCAUGGUGGUUUACGACAACGAGAAGGGCCAGAUCGGAUGGAUCCGUGCAGACUGCGAUAGGCUUCCCAAUGCAGAUGAUUAUCGUGGCUUUGAGAGGGGUUUCUGCCAGCCUCAGUUCACCGACAUGGGUAUUCUAACAGAUUUCUGCCCUGCUUAUGUUCACUGAAAUGCGGCUCGAUUAAGGGCAGGAUUUUGUAUCAUCUAUGAAUAUUAUGUAUGCAAAAAUACAUUGUUUUAAGAAAUUACAUAGAAACCUAGUCCAUC